UUUGUUUAAAAUAAGCAUUCCACUCCAUAUCUUAUUAACGGCAGCGCUAUAAUGUUGCAGUUAGAAAGCUCGCGGAUGGAUACGCGAAGACCGAUAGCAAAGCAAUAUAGCGCGGUUCUGUAAUAAGGCGAAACGAGGUUUUAAAGUACCAAACGCUUCGAAAUAAACCGGUAAAUAAAUCCAGUGUUAACGCAGGCGCUAUAAGUUUGAAAAGGAGCAACUAAGCGACUCAACAGGUCGAGGACUCGUCUUAACAGAAGGGCGGGAGUGAGUAACAUACGCAACAACAACCGGUACACCUUCCGUCUUCCUCUAGAGCGGUCUCCAUUUUAACUCCUCGCCCAGCCUGCACCUCACGUGUCCUGGACUGUCUUUCUCACAUGACCCGUGUGUUUGUCCCCGUGAUCAGCGCUUCCAUCUCCCGUAUUUCAAGUGUCGCUGAAUAUCGCAUUUUUAAAUCCGCUCGCCUUCAUGGAUAUGCUCGAUCAGAGCUUGGACACCUCGACGAGUCACGCCAAACAGGAAACUGAGGAGGUUGUUCAUCUGCAGGAGGGAGAGGGGGUUGGGGCGGAGGAGCAGGCAGCGGUUACCAUAGCAAGUGUCCAGCAGGCAGCAGCUUUUGCAGACCACAAUGUUCAAUACCAGUUCCGGACAGAGAACACUGGUGGACAGGUGACAUAUCGCGUGGUCCAGGUAACAGAGGACCAUUUGGACGCAGCAGGAGAUGGAGGAGCGGCAGUCAGUGUAGUCUCCACAGCCGCCUUUGCGGGUGCACAGCAAGCCGUAGCACAGGCUGUCAUCCAGAACCCUUUUAGUAAUGGAGGCAGUCCAGUGGGGGAAACAGUGGGGGGGGAGACACGCUUCGCCUACUUCCCAGCAGCAACUGUCAGUGACGGUACAGCUACAGCUGUCUCAGUGCAGGCCACGUCUGAUCCGACCCUCACACAGGCUGGAGGUCAGUUUUACGUGAUGAUGAGUCCACCAGAUGUUUUACAGACUGGAACACCACGGACCAUCGCCCCUCGUACACACACAUACUCUACAGACCUUGGUGAACAUGAGACUCUUCAACACAGCAGAUCAGACUGGAAGAUUGAUGGCCCCCGGGCGCCUCGUGAUGAGAGAAGGAGAGCACAGCACAAUGAAGUGGAAAGGAGAAGAAGAGACAAAAUCAACAACUGGAUUGUCACACUGUCUAAAAUCAUCCCAGACUGCAAUAUAGACAAUACCAAAACAGGAGCAAGUAAAGGAGGCAUCCUGUCUAAAGCAUGUGACUACAUUAGAGAACUCCGACAGACUAACCAGAGGUUGCAGGAGAGCUACAAGGAGGUGGAGAGAAUACAAGUGGACAAUGAGCUACUAAGACAACAGAUUGAAGACCUGAAGAAUGACAAUGCACUGCUUAGAGCUCAACUACAACAGCAUGGCCUGGAAAUCAGUGAAACUACAUCACAGUGACAAAAAAAAAAAAAAACAUUCUCAUAAAUAAACAGUCUCAAGUGGAGAAAUAACCCCUCAAUGACACCCUUUUUCACAACUCAUCAUAGACUUAAGAUGUGCUGACACUCAAGUAGGGUAUGAAUGCUUAUUUGAUACACAGACACAUCCUUCUGACAACCGACUCUCUGAACAUUGUGAAAAUAAUAUCUGCUGUACAAGCACAUUUUGUUUUCUCCCUCACUUUCAAGAGCACUCAACAACCUGGACUCGAUAUGGAAUAACCCUCUUCUUCCAGAAGUAUCCCGCUUGCCACAAGUCUUUGUCUUUAGUUUGAAUCUCGGAUUUGUGAACCAGUUAUAUGCCUGCUCAUGCCUAAUGCUCAUAUUUUGUUCUGUUUGAAACAUUUUGUGGAUUUUAUUUUUGCUACAUCGUGGAAAUGUUACUACUGUCUCUAACAUGACAGAAGUUCUUUUUCGAGGGUUCUGUGGUAUUGUAUUUAUUAGCUUUCAAGAAAUCGCGCAGCAGCAGGUAUACAAAAUCUUGGCUAAUUUUUUUAAUUUGGUUUUGUUUUUCUGUCCUGCAGUCUUUCCAUAUAUCAGACUUUGUGAAAUGCGUUCAUCUGCCUGAUCCGAGACUUGACAUUGUGGCACAUCAAGACUAAUUAACAGUAUAAAUUUGCUUAGAAAAUAAAUGAAAGUGCAAAGAGUAUGUUUUCAUAUAAAAUAGAGACUUAUGAUUAUCUAAAUCUGCAUUACCUGUAAAUUUCAGUUUUCAGAGUCCAUUAUAUUUAAUGCACUGUGAUUUUAGUGAAGGAUGAACGAGUAGCUCAGGGUUUUGAGGUGCAGGAAAAUAGCCAAGGCUCUGGAACUCCCCACUAACCUUGUAACCCUGCACUUUUUGCUCUUUGGCUUUAACAUACUAGAAACAUGUACUGUAUAUAUCAUGUAUUUCAAUCAGAUAUCCUUGCGUCAUGAAUUAAUUCGAAGAAAUUUUCUUUUAUAAGCUCUAAUUCCCAGGCUCAUUUUUCUGCAGCAAAUAAAAUAGAAGAUGCACAAUAGAAACAAAUAGAAUUGCUACUGCUAGUAGUGUUCUGGCUUAUUUUGUUGAAGCUUAUCUUCCAUCUUAUUUUGUAACAGUCCUUAUUUGGGUUAAGACAUUGGUCAACAACGUUUUGAACAUUAAAAUCAGAGAUGAGCUUUAAAAAUGAUCAAACACAAUUCAGUUAUAAGAGUUUGAGCAUUAAUAUCUGACAGCAAUUGGAGUUAUUGUUAAUGAGCUAUGCAUAAGGAAACCAAACCGUUUAAAAGCGAACAGAUUUAUUUUCUUUGUUAAAUUCAAUAUGGUGUCUAGCUUGAUUAGGGUCUCUUCAAGCCUGUGUUUUUCCCUUCCUAGCCAGAUGGGCUUAUUGCAAAGCUGGAAUAAUAUAAUGUCGGGUUACAAAAAUAUUACUUUUGACUAGCACAUUUUAGUUCAUCUCUACCCAUCUCUAGUUUUGGUUAAAAAAAAAAAGAAAAAAAAGAAAGCAUUAGAUUUUAAACAGCCUUAAGUUAAACCUCAAGCAAUCAGUGAUCAUAGCAAACCAAGUGCUGAACCAGUGAAACAAUCUAUGUUUCAAAAAUUCCACAUAGCAAUAAAGAGAGUGCACAGAAACCUUAUUAAACGCUCUGUCCUCUUCACAGUAUGAAUGCUGUACUUGAAUGACUGUUGAUUUACAGAGUCAAGAACUGUAGUCUAAUGCACUGCUGCUUUUAAAUCAAAUCUUAGAAUAUUUUUAUUCAUGUCUGGUUGAAUUGAGUUACCCUUAGCAUGCCAUUCUUACCACUGGUUUGAUAUCUAUAAGCUAUAAAAAGCACUUGCUUUGUUUAUACCUGAUGACUGUUGAUGUUUAUGUAUGUACUUAUAUAAAAAGAGAAACCCAGAGUAACAAUGUAGUUUUUUUUUUUUUUUUUUGUCUUUGGAAGCAACAAAAGUGCUGAAAUAAAUUUAAAUUAACUCCAGUGCAGUUAAACAUUUUCUUAUCUGUUACCACUCCAGUACAACAACAUGAAAAGACACAUUCAGUAGCCGUAUUUUGUUUCACUGGUUCUCACUGCUAAAUGUUUUUAGAGGACAUCAUGAUCACACAUGCAGAUCUCAUACAGUUGCUCUAUUUAUCAUAAAAUUUAAUAAGCAGCAUCCGUCUAUCAUUCUAUGAAGUAUCUUAACUGUGCUUAGAGGUCACGAUUGAACAAUAGAAAAAAAGAACUACACGCACUCUCUAGGCUUUCAGGUGUGUAGGGCACAUGUCUGUUCUGCUUAGUGAAUUAAGUUUCAUUUCUCGAGAAAGAGAAACACAAAUGGGACGUGUUAUUUUUAAGGCAGGGUUUGAUUCCAACAUUUCUACAAAUUACAAAGUUUCGUUUAUAGACAUUAGAGACAAAACUCUACAUGUGGUCUGUUCCGGAAGGGGUAAUGACUAUAUAAGCCCAGCAUGAGAUUAAAAGCAACACAUGCAGGCAGAAAGCGAAGGACUGGUUUUGUGACUUCAGUCUGACCUACAAUUAGCUGCGAUGACUUCCCGAAAACACAGGCAGUUCUGUUUGGAGCCAAUGGGAGAUAAACCUGUACAUAAUCUUCCUGGAAUUGGUCGUGCGCUGGGCGGGCGACUGCAGGACAGAGGUAUAAGCCAUGCACGGGGCAUCGAGGGCCAUUUCCUGGUCUUCAACCAGAACCAGGAGAAGUUUGGAAACUGGCUUAAAGACACCUGUGGGGCAAAUGCUAAGCAGCAGAGGGACUGUUACAAUGGUCUGAAAGAAUGGACAAAAAAUAAUAUGUAAAGAGUAGGGAUCGUUUGCAUCUAUCAUCUGUAAUGAUAUUCAUCUGUUCUACUCUUGAAUAUAUCAUCUAAUUCUGAAAAUGUCUACUCUUAAAUUAAUCUUAUUUCAAAUUUCGGAUGAAUGGCAAAUAAUCAUGUAUCAAUGGAAAACUUUAUAAACGAUGUUUACUUGGAAAA